AUGAGUAUUUCAUCAACUACUAGUACUACUUUUGAUCCUACCAGUAAUAGAACUUCAAUAGAUACUACUGCCACAUCGAUCAAUCAUGAUUAUAAUAAAUAUAAUAGACUAUCCACUUCAUCAAGUUUAUUUACUAUUGAUUCAGAAUUAAAUGAUUUAUAUCCUGAAUUACCAUCAAAUUUUAAACUUAUUGAAUUACUUGGUGAAGGGGCAUUUUCAUCAGUUUAUAAAGCUAUUGAUUUAUCAUCGAAAAAUAAUAUGAUUGUUGCUAUUAAAAUUAUUGAUAAAAUUAAUCUUAAUAAUAAACAAUUGAAAAAUAUAAUUAAUGAAAUUAAUAUUUUAAAACAAAUUAAUUAUCAUCAUCAUCCUAAUAUAAUUGAAUUAUUUGGUGUUAUUGAUGGUAUUAAUCAAACUUUUUUAAUAUUAGAAUAUUGUAAUGGGGGAGAAAUUUUUGAUCAAAUAUUACAAUAUACAUAUUUAUCUGAACCUUUAUCUUAUCAUAUUUUUAAACAAAUUUUACAAGCAUUAGAAUAUUUACAUAAUAAUUUAAAUAUUGUUCAUCGAGAUUUAAAACCAGAAAAUUUAUUAUUUAAUAAAAUCCCUUUUUUUGAAAGACCAACUAGUAUUACUACAAAUGAUGAUGAUGAUGAUGAUAAUAAUAAUAAUAAUAAUAAUAAUAAUAAUGAUCCAAGGAAAUAUUUACGAAAAUCUGAUGAUAUUAAUGAAAAAAUUGAUGAAGGUGAAUUUAAAUAUGGUAUAGGUGGUGGAACUAUUGGAAUAAUAAAAUUGGCUGAUUUUGGAUUAGCUAAACAAUUAAAUGAUAAUAAUAUUGCUCAAACUCCUUGUGGUACAACUGGUUAUACUGCUCCUGAAGUUUUUCAAUGUAGUAACAUUACUACUAAUACUACUACUAAUACUACUACUAAUUCAUCCCUGAUUUAUCAUCAAAUUUUUAAACCUACUUCAUUGAAAACUGAAACUAAAACUAAAACUAAUUCUAAAUCUAAAUCUAAAUCUAAAACUAAAUUUAAUACUAAUAAUUAUUCUAAAUCAGUAGAUAUUUGGUCAUUAGGAUGUGUAUUAUAUACAUUAUUAUGUGGAUUUCCUCCAUUUUAUAAUGAUGAUAUUGAAAUAUUAACUAAUAAUGUUAUUAAUGGGAAAUUUGAAUUUUUAAAACCUUGGUGGGAUGAAAUAACUAAUGAUGCAAAAGAUUUAAUUACAAAAAUGUUACAUAUUGAUCCUAAUAAAAGAAUUACUAUUAAUGAAAUUUGGAAUCAUCCUUGGAUUUUAAAUCAUAUGAAUAAUGAAAAUAAACAAAAUCAAAAUCAAAAUCAAAAUCAAAAACAAGAAUCAUCAAAUUAUUUCCCAAAUCAUCACCCUAUGAGUAGGAGUAGGAGUAGGAGUAAUAUUAUUAAACAAACUAUUUUUGAAAAUAUUCAUGAAUAUAGAAAUGAAAAUAUCAAUAAUUCCAAACAAGAAAAAGAUAAUUUUUCAUCAUUUUUAUCAUCAACAAUAACUCAACAAGAAUUAAGUAAAUCUCCUAGAGCAAUGGCCAUUAAAAAAGUAUUUGAUAAUCCAGCAAUGAUAACCAAAAAAUCAAAUAAAAAAGAAAAAAAUUCUUCUCAUCAUAAUGAUAAUGAUAAUCAUAAUCAUAAUCAUAAUGAUGAUGAUGAUGAUGAAAUUUAUUUUGCUAAUGAAGAAGAACCAUUAAGUUAUUUUAUUGAAGAUAUUGCUGAAUUAGAUGAUGAAGAUGAUGAAGAUAAUGAAGAAGAAGAAGAAGAAGAUGAUGAUGAUGAUGACAGUAGUGAUGAAAGUAAUGAAUUUGAUGAAUUUGAUGAAUCUGAUGAAUCUGAUGAACAUUUGAAAAUUAUGAAAAGUUUACCUUUUAAAAUUAGGAAAAAUCAACAUGAUUAUAUUAAAACUCCAUAUCCUAAAUUAAUUAGUUUUAAAGAUGUUUUCAAUUUAAAUAAAAUUAAUUCUCAUCAACAACAACAACAACAUGAUAAUAAUGAUAAUGAAGAAGACGAUAAAGAAGACGAAAUAGAAAAGGUUUAUGAAUUGAAUAAUAAAUUCCAUGAAUUUAAAUUAUCAUCUCAAAAUUUAAAUCAAAUCAAUAAUAAAAAUAAUAAUAAUUCAAUUAGUGAUAAUGAUAGUGAUGAUACAACUAUUACUUCUACUAAUUCAUCAAUACUUCUGAAUAUUCCUACUACUACUAUUACUACUACUACUACUACUACUACUACUACCACCACCACCACCACUACGACAAAUAAUAAUAAUCAUAGUAAUACUAUUAAUGAAAUUGAUGAUCAUGAUCAUAAUAAUAAUAAUACUAAUAUUACUUCUAAUUAUGAAACUCGUUCAUCAUCAAUAAUUUCCGGUUUAAAUGGUGAUUUUAAAUUCACUUUAAAUUUAACUAAUUCAAAUUUAUUAACUCGUCGUAAAAAUAGUAAUAAUAUAAUUACUCCAAUUAAUUCAUCUACAAGCAAUACAAGUAGUAAAAAUAACAAUACCAACAAUACCAAAAAUACCAACAAUACCAAAAAUACCAACAAUGCCAACAAUAUUAUUACUAUAAGUCCAAUUAAUUCAUCAAGUAUUAGUGAUGCUACAACUACAAUUAUAAAUACUAAUGCUACUGCUACCAUAAUUUAA